UCGUCAUAACUGUCCAGUUAGAAAAAGUUUGUUGUUUCUGCGGAUGGCGCUCAAGACCCUCACAGCGUGUUGUCUUGUGUGUACUUUAGAUAUUGUCCAGCUGGGAUGAGGUUUACGCGUUAACAUUGUAGUAGGUGGGUUUAAUUUAGUUACGUCACGCGGAUUGUUUUGAUAGUUACGUUAGCUAAGCUGUUAGCUUCUUAGGCUAACAACAUUAAGCGCUGUUUACAUCGGCGUGUGCGUGGAGACUUAGUAAAUAAAUUCAUCUUAAGGCUUUUAUCAAGUUUUUUAUUGUCUAUUUAAGAACGUAUACAUUAAAUGGAUGAGCACAAGGAGAACCUUCAUGCCAAGGACGUCAACGUGAACAUGUCCAGUACAACAGAAGACGAGAAGGCUAAGUCUAACAACAGGCUUUGUCCUGCUGGAGAAUGUCCUGCUGAGGAUUCUGCGUCUCAGUCAAACAGCGACUUCAGUCACCCCGUGUACAAAGAGAUCGCCUUGGCUAAUGGACACAUCAACCGCAUGACGAAAGAUGAGCUUCGUGACAAGUUAGCGGAGCUUAAACUUGACACAAGGGGUGUGAAGGAUGUCAUGAAGAAGAGAUUGAAAAGCCACUAUAAGAAGCAGAAGCUGUUGCAGUCUGCAGCAGAGGGAGGACCCACAGACACCUACUAUGACUAUAUCUGCGUUGUGGACUUUGAAGCAACGUGUGAGGAGGAUAACCCUUCAGGCUUCCUGCACGAAAUCAUAGAGUUCCCCAUGGUUCUCAUCAGCACGCACACUUUAGAAAUUGUGGACACUUUUCGGGAAUAUGUAAAACCAGAGUUGAACCCACAGCUUUCAGACUUUUGUGUGAAUUUAACAGGAAUAAAACAGAAAAUGGUUGAUGAAGCAGAUCCAUUCCCAGAGGUCCUACAGAAAGUUGUAGCUUGGCUUCAGGAAAGGGAACUUGGAACAAAAUACAAAUAUGCCUUUUUGACGGACGGGGCCUGGGAUAUGAGCAAGUUCCUAAAAAUCCAGUGUCGCAUAAGUCGAAUCAGAUAUCCUCACUUUGCCAAAAAGUGGAUAAACAUACGAAAAUCGUAUGGGAACUUCUAUAAGGUCCCUCGUGCACAGACGAAGCUCAGCACCAUGCUGGAGAAGCUGGGUCUACAGUACGAAGGUCGGCCUCACUCUGGCCUGGAUGAUUCACGCAACAUUGCCAGAAUAGCUCUCCGCAUGCUGCAGGAUGGCUGCCAGCUGCGGGUCAAUGAACGAAUGCAUGGCGGCCAGCUGCUCCCGGUUCCCAGCUCAGGCCCUUUGGAAGGAGCAGCAGCGCCACAUAACCCCUCCAGCAGAGACUAGACCCACUAUCUGACACUGUCUUAACUCUUUAACCAGAAUUAAAAAAAAAACAA